CCUGUUAGUCUCUGUCUCUGUGGACAUGUCUGUGCCGGGGACAGUGGUCAGGGACGGGCUGUUGGAGAAGCGCAGCAGCGGCCUCCUCCAGCUGUGGAAGAAGAAGCGCUGUGUGCUCACGGAGGAGGGCCUGCGCCUUCGCAGCUGCAGAGGAGGAGGAGGAGGAGGAGGAGGUGAUGCUCCGAGCUCGGCGUGGAGCUCCAAGGCCAAGGAGCUCCUCUUCGAGCGCAUGGACACGGUGGACUGCGUGGAGUACAAGCGGGGGCUCGUGUACUUCACCGUGGUCAUGGCGACGGGCCAGGAAAUCGACUUCCGGUGUCCGCAGGACGGCACGCCGUGGAACGCGGAGAUCGCGCUGGCUCUCGUGCGCUUCAAGAACCUGCAGGCGCUGCAGGCGAGCAGGAAGAGGCACCUGCACGCGGCACAUCUGGGCAGCACCGGGGAGGACGAGGAGCUCUAAGUUUUCGUCUCCGAGCCAGUCGGAGGUGAAGGGGCUUGUUUCUGUGCUGCACAGCUUCGCAGGAACACCCGUCAGUGAAUACGGAUCACAAGACUGACGACAGUAAAUAACAGGCAUUCUUUUGUCUCCCUUUACGACAUCACACAUGUCAAAUGAAGAAGAGGAAUCUACUUUAAAUGGACUGCAUUUUUUUUCAUCGCCGCCAAAGGUCAUCGUGGAGACUCCGUCAAGCAAAAUGGACUUUUUUUUUUUGUUAGAAACUGCUGCGCUUUAAAACACAUGAUCCUCCGUGCCUUGUCGUUUCACAAACAUCCCACUUA